AUUCUCUCUCAUGGUCCAACAAAAAUUGUGCUUCUUCUCAAACUGUACGGAAGGCUUAACAAACUACAAUAUUCUCUUUCCCUCUCUAAGAGCUGUUUAUUCUCAUGUGAGGAUUAUCUUUAUAACCCAAUCACAACAAUGACUUAGUUUAGGUUUAGAACACAGAGCUCCUCCUUUCCUCUAAGCUUCAUCCACAAAAAAUGGAGUUCAUUGGCUCUGCCCUGGAUGAAUUAUACCUGACUCAACAACGAAACUACAGGGGAAGGAUCAGCCGAACCAGGCAAUACAAUGAUGAUUCAAAAGAGUACAAAUCCAAGAACCUCGAUGCUGAAAGGAGGAGGAGGCAGAAGCUCAGUGAUAGGCUCUUGACACUGCGAUCUCUAGUUCCAAUCAUAACAAACAUGAACAAGGCAACAAUCAUUGAGGAUGCCAUUACUUACAUCCAAGAACUGCAAUCCACUGUCAAGGUUCUCAGUGACCAGCUCCUGGGAAUGGAUGUUUCAAUUGAAGAAGAAAAAAACAAGAAACAGAGUGACGAGGAGGUUUCUGCAGAGGAGACGAAACAAUCAGACAUAAAGGAAGAUGUUGUGGUUAGUGGUAUUGAUGGGGACAAAUUCUGGGUGAAGAUUGUAAUUGAAAAAAGAAGGGGCAGGUUCACUAGAUUGCUGGAGGCCAUGGCUUCUUAUGGAUUCAACCUCAGUGACCCCAGUGUUACUACCUCAAAUGGAGCAUUCCUUGUUACAUCCCAAGUGGAGGGUAUUUAUGGGGAUUCAUUACCAAUUCACCAAAUCAGGGAGCUGCUGUUGGGCAUAAUCAGGGAGACUUAGAACCAAGUCUGCCAGAAAGUGUUGCUGGUCUUCAAUUUCUUAUGAACAACCAUGAAGCAGUCUCUAGUGAUUUAGCUUUUCUAUCUACGGUAUUCACAUAUGAUUUCAGUAUUACAAUAAGAAGUUGAAAUUCAUUACACAAGAUUGUUGGGUUAAGGAUCUGAAAUGUA